UUGUUUUGUUUGGGAGUAUCAGCGGACAGCUCAACGUGACAGAAAGUCACACUCUGCGGCUGUAGUCCCGCUUUUUUCCGACUUAUAUGACGGCUCGUUCGGAAAUAAGAUGUCUUCUGAGGUUUUCCACCCCCAUUGAGGCGGACAAGUUCCUUCGCCGUGAUUUCAUCCUGACCUGAGACACCUGUUGCUCCAGUUUCGGCAGACAGGUGCUACUUUGCGCGUCAAACAGGGAGCAGCUCCGGGCGAGAGACGCGUCGGAAACGUGAAUUUCUGAACUUUUUUUUCAAAAACAUUGGACUUUACAGCUGCUAUGAAAGUUACGGUGACUUUCGGGGACACCGUGGUUGUGGUUCCCUGUAAAGCUGGGUGGACCGUCCGGGAUUUAAUGGACCAAGCCACGCGCAGAUACCGCAGGAUUUUGGAGCAGCAUGGGGAAAGUGCAGUGAAGACCCACCACUUGGAGUACAUUGAAGGAGGGAUCCUGGACAUGGACGACCUGCUGAGUGAUCUAGUGGAAGACAGAGACAAGCUGGUGGCUAUUUUUGAGGAAGUCCAGCGUGGGAGGACGGACAGUCCCAGAGAGACCAUGUCCAACGGCUACUCCAGUGCUGCCCCCAGCCCUGAACCCCUCCACUACUUUUCCCACCUGCAGUACCGGGAUCCAAUCACAGGAGAGAUCGAAGUCAACGAGGCCAGCCUCAAAGCCAACACACCUCUGUUGGUGAGGAGCAGCAGCGACUCGGCCUUGGCCCCGCCCCAUGAGAUGACGGCCACGCCCCCACCUGAUGACCGUAGCAACGGGUCUCCUGAGCUGGAAAUCAACAAUGUACUGAGAGGAGCCUUGGACCGACUUCACACAAACGUGCCCCCCGCUAAGAUGAGCCAAGUCAACUUCAGCACCCUGACGAGGGCGGUGGAGUUUCCAGGUGACUGGGGACCCCUGGGCAUCCAUGUGGUCCCCUACUGCUCCUCUCUCAGUGGACGGACUCUGGGCCUCCACAUUAAAGGCAUCGAAGAACAGAGUCGUGCCAAGAGAGAGAAUAUCUUCCAGGAGGACGAGUGUAUCGUCCAAAUCAACGACACACCGCUCCAGGACAAGACCUUCACACAGUCACAGGAAGUGUUCCGUCAGGCCAUGAACUCCUCUUCCGUGCGUCUUGAGGUUCUCCCCCUGGCCAACAAGGCCCGCUACGAGAAGAGCUUGAUAGGCCAGCUUUUCACUGCUGAUGGCAAAGACUCCUCUGCAAGAACAAAGAGUCCGGCAGUGGUCCGUGCUAAAACCGAACUCCAACAGGAACCCAAACAAGAUACCAAACUGAACACCAAACUAGAAGUGAGGCGACAAGAAACGCGUGCCAAGACCCCAGAACAGGCUGCAGUAAACACAGCACCAGUGGAGCUCCAGUCUGGUCGUGGCUCCUUGGAGAGAGUCUCUCCGGCACCUCAAGCCAGGGCAGCGAACGCCUCACCAACAUCCAGGACCCGCAGCCAGAGCCCACUGGCCAAUAAGAGCCCUGUUCUGCCCAGCCUGGCCAACCUUACCAGCAGGAAGGGCGGCAAGAAGAUUAAAAUUGACCUGAGGAAAGGCACAGAGGGUCUGGGCUUCACCGUGGUAACCCGGGACUCCUCGAUCCACGGGCCAGGGCCGAUCCUGGUGAAGAACAUCCUGCCGCGUGGCGCAGCAGUCAGAGAUGGCCGCCUGCAGCCUGGAGACCGCAUCCUGGAGGUGAACGGAGUAGACAUGACAGGCCGUAGCCAGGAGGAACUCGUGGCCAUGCUGCGCAGCACCAAGCAGGGAGAGAGCGUGUAUGUGGUGGUGGCACGGCAGGAGGACGUCUUCCUGCCUCGGGAACUGAAAGGAGAAGAGGCCGGCAGCCUGCUGCUGGAGGACGGCAGGGAGCAGCUGAUGUAUGAGAUCCCCCUCAAUGAAUCGGGUUCGGCCGGCCUUGGGGUCAGCCUGAAGGGCAACAAGUCCAGAGAGACUGGGGAGGACCUGGGCAUCUUCAUCAAGUCCAUUAUCCAUGGAGGGGCUGCUUAUAAGGACGGUCGGCUGAGGGUAAAUGACCAGCUGAUAGCAAUAAACGGUGAGUCGCUGCUCGGACGCGCCAACCACGCCGCCAUGGAGACGCUUAGACGCUCCAUGUCGUCAGAGGGAAACUCCAGGGGCACCAUCCAGCUCGUAGUGCUCCGAGCACCCAGACAGGUGGGCAGUGCCAAUCCUGCACCAAGCGCAGCUACAAAUGGGUCCGCCGCCUAUCAACAGAACACCCAAACUGGCUCCAGCAAUCAGGAGCCUUGGGCCCACAAUGCAUACCAGGGGCCCUCAGGACCCUCCAGACCCCCAAACGCAGAGCCCGCCAUGAACGGCGGCAGCCAUACAACGACGACCAACAGCUACGCGUACGGCAGCUCCAGAAGUGCUCCACAUCACGCCGCUCCCGCCGAUGGAAGCUACGGUCACUACGGCAACGACAAUGAGGAGUUGGAGCAAGGCUUCCCCCCUCCGCCCUCCCCCAGCUCCGUGGAGGAAAUGAAUAGAGACUUACCAUUAACUCCCUCGCACCACAGCGAGUUUCAGAGGCCGCCCAACAUGACUGCAGCUUUCUAUGCAGACAGCCAGCUGGACAAUGACAGGGACAACAUACCUCGCAACAGAGCGUCCAAGAGCAUGGACCUGGUGGCUGAUGAGAGCAAUAUGGGUUCUCUGGUUGGGCAGAGGAAUGAGCCUUCAGCCGGUGGAGCGCUUGGCCCGACCCUGGGCCUCUGGAAGUCCAGCUCCCUGGAGAGCCUCCAGACGGCCGUGUCGGAGGCCCAGCAGAGCCGCAUCCAAGCCCAGGUGCCCUUUCACCGUCCGCGGCCGCAUGUCGUCCGGGGGCGGGGAUGCAACCAGAGUUUCCGCAUCGCCAUCGACAAGUCCUACGAUGGACCCUCUGAAGAUGACGACGACCUGUCGGGGCACAGCUCCGGUCACGAAACGCCCGUCAGCAGCUCCUCUCGCCAGGGCCUGGACGCAGAGGACGGAAAGAAGAAGAAGGCCAAGGGGAAGAAGAAAGAGAAAAAGAGCAAAGAGAAGAAGAAAACCAGUGAUUCUGUGGAGGAUCUGGAGAAGAAGCCCAAAAAGAAAGGAUUUGGCCUCUUAAGGUUUGGCAAGAAGAAAGACGAUAAGAGCAAAGACGCUGCCAAAGCCUCCAAAAGCAAACUGGAGGCCCUAAGUGAAGAGGAGCUGGACAGGAUCCCUGACAACAGAGACGGCUAUGAUCCACGUUACGCCGAGAUCCACUCUGGCCACGCCACCCCGGACCCAGCCUCCCUCCCUGACGUGGAGGACGACGACAGUGACCCCAACUACGCUCGCAUCAACAACUUCCGUCAGCCACCCUCGCCCCAGACGCUUAUCAGUCGCACGCCAUCCCCUGGAGCGCUGACAGGGGGGCCCAACCAGCCACUGGUGUCCUCUGAGGAGCUGGAUGGGCUCUACGCCAAGGUCAACAAGUCCAGACCCCCACCUGCUCUACAGAACCAGCAUCAAACACAACCAGACAGCGAUCAGCGUCUCCAGGGGCUGCGCAGGGAGUACCAGCAGGCCCGAGCCGCCCCAAGCUACGAAGAGCUGGACGCCGCGCGCCGCCGAGUCCUGGAGCACGACCCGCACCGGAUGGCACCCAGAGAGCCUCUAUCUAUGCCCCACUACGAAGAGAAGGACCCACAUUACCCCACACACCCCAGGAGGGAUCCAUAUGAUUACCCCACCCACUCCAGACCAGUGCCAAGAGAGCAAGCCCCCUACCCGGGCCAGUACCACGACCCUCCCGCUUCCAGCCGUGUGCCGCUCCCCCAGGCGGGCGCACAAUCCCAUCAGGCGCCCAGCAACCUGAGCUACUACCCCUCGUCUCCGCGCGCAGGACAGCAGCACCGUGCACCUCUAAGGCAGGAUGUUCCCCCGUCGCCCACCGCAGGCCGCAGAGUGCGCCACUACUACGAAGCCGCCGGGGGGCGAGUGGACGCCUACCAGCAGGCCAGCUCAGAGAGGUACCCCGCCGCCAGGGAGCACUACACCAGCCCCGAGCGCUACGACUACGGAGACGACAGACAACCUGACCCGAGACGGAAGAACCCCAUGAUAGGUGCAGUGUAAAAGGUCGCUCAAGUGGCUCCUCUCACCUAAAAGUUUGGUGAAGUUGAGUCAGUCACACAAAGAAUAUAACUCCAAAUCCUCGUGUUUCCACAUUUGUGAAACAUCACGUCAGCAGUCGCCUCGGCUGCCACUGAGGAGAAGUGAGAUUUUGCCAUAUUAAUUUAUCUGAUCAGAAACCCUGAAAGCAGUCAGUGUCUCCACAGGCCAAGACACAUUGAACAAGCAUUAAGGACUCAUACGUGUGUGUACAUAUGUUUGCAGUGUGCCAGUGUUUAUACAGAUAGGACCUUAUUUUGACAUAGAUUUUAUCAUGUAAAAUUGAAAUUAAGGGCAAUUAAAUUAAUGAUAUAUGUCGUGAACUUAGCAUAUGUUGUACAAGAUCGACUCUAUUCCUGCAAACUGGCAGCGAGAGCAGUGCUGACUCGCAUUUUGCACAAGCUGAUCAAACUGAAGGAAGUAAAGAGGGAUCACCUUGACCCGCUGGACCGCUAUAUCAGAAGAGACACAGGAAGCUGAGGUCAACAAACAGGAAAAAGGAAGUAACCCCUUCAAAGUAUCUUCUUGUCUUUAAUGUUGUCUUGUCUCUUGGACUUCCUUUACAUCCCUCUGUCUCAGUUUGGUUGUUUUUUUUUUCCAUGUUUGCCUUUCACUAGCCGGAUAUGGAUGAUGCAUUUACUGUACAUUUGUUAAACGUAUAAAUGCAAAUGAGUAAAUUUGUGAUAUUUUUGUGGUGUUUCCAAUAAAGUGUAUAAAUCCUGAUCCUCACACAUGCGACAAGCUUGAAGAGUGUGCGGCUAAGCUAAAGAACUUAACAUAUCAUUGCUAACCUCCACUGGAAACUCACUAAAUGUGUCCAUGCUGCCAAAUAAAGUUUUUUUUUUUAUA